AUGACAGUCACAUCAACGUACGCUGUCGGGACCAACAUCGCACCCAUCACCAGCACAUCCACUACGAAUGCUCCCUCCUCCAGCUCUACCUCGUCCGCUUCAGUGUCGUCUAGCACCUCUACGAUCUACACAACAAGAGCAACCACCAUAGUUGCCUGCCCAACAACAAAGGAGGACUGUUCAUGGGACGAGAGAAAGCCCACGGUAGUGACCACCACAGCUGCAAUCUCUACCACAGUCGUCCCGGCAACGACCAGCGCUCCGCCGGAACCCACGACCUCGACGGGAACCGCCAGUGGCACCACCACCUCGUCUCCUCAGCCUACGAUCACUAGCAGUACUUCAACGAUAUACUCGACUUCGGUGAGCAAGAUAACCAUCUGUCCUUCAAGCCAGUCGAGCUGUUCCGAUUGGCAGCAGACCACGAGCUCCUUGACCACAUCGUACGCCGUCAGCACUACUGUCGUACAAGUGACCAAGGGUGAUGCAGUACAUCACGACCCUACAGCGACUACGUUUACGAUGAGCCCCUCAGCGACACCGACGGCGUCUAAUGGCGACAACGGCAACACCCCUAACAACAAUAACAACAGUAACGGUGACGGUAUCAAGAGCCCAGACAAUAAGAAUGCUUCUGCGAGAGUCAUCGUCAACGUCGGCGUCGCAGUUGGCAUCGUCCUGGCUACGACAUUGUUUCUGGUGACUUCGACCUGCUUAUCCUUUAUAUUAGCAUGCUAA